GUUCAGUGCUCAGGAGUUAUCCUGAGCCUCCUGUGGCUCUCUCUAUGACUCACAAUGCCAUAAGUACUGCACAACUGCAUUUUCCCCAGUAGCUUUUCCCAGCAACAAGAUGUUUAAGUCUUAUGAUCACCUUAAUUUUGGCGAAAUUAAAUUGCCUGUGACUUGACCAAAGACAACAUGGUGAAGAAGAAGAUUGACAACCGAAUACGCAUCCUGAUUGAAAAUGGAAUGGUGGUGGGCCAUAGAACCCUUGUGGUGCUUGUUGGGGAUAAGAGCAGAGAUCAGGUUGUGUAUUUGCAUCACAUGUUGUCCAAGUCCAGUCUGAAGCAAGCCAAUGUGCUAUGGUGCUACAAGAAGGAGUUGACCUUCUCCUCCCAUCGAAGAAAGAGAAUGAAGCAGCUCAAGGCUAAAAUCAGAUCUGGACAAGCUGAGAUAAAUGAGGAUGAUCCCUUUGAGAUGUUUGUGUCCAUGACUGACAUCAGGUAUUGUUUCUAUAAGGAGACUCACAAAAUUCUGGGCAACACCUACAAAAUGUGUGUAUUGCAGGACUUUGAGGCUCUGACACCCAAUAUAUUGUGCCGCACCAUGGAGACUGUGGAGGGUGGAGGACUGAUAGUGCUGCUGCUGCAGAGCCUCACCUCCCUGCGCCAGCUGUACACCCUCAGUAUGGACGUGCAUGCCCGCUAUCGCACUGAGGCACAUCAGCAUGUUGUGCCCAGGUUCAAUGAGAGGUUCAUCCUGUCAUUGGCCUCAUGUCCUGUCUGUGUGGUGAUGGAUGACCACCUGCGAGUCUUGCCCAUCUCUUCUCACCUGCGGGACCUCCAGGUGGUGGCCCCACCCUCCACCACCACCCCUCUGUCCCUGCAGGACCAAGAACUUAAGGACCUGAAAGAAUCACUGAAGGACAAUCCCCCCAUUGGACUUUUGAUUGACUUGUGUAAAACAUUAGAUCAGGCAAAGGCAGUGCUGCAAUUUGUGGUUGCCAUCACAGAGAAGACGCUGCGCACCACUGUCACCCUCACAGCUGGCCGAGGGAGAGGCAAGUCUGCAGCACUGGGACUGGCUGUUGCUGGUGCAGUAGCAUUUGGUUACUCCAACAUCUUUGUGACCUCCCCAAGUCCUGAGAACUUAAACACCUUGUUUGAGUUUGUGCUGAAGGGACUAAACACAAUGGGUUAUGAGGAGCAUCUCAACUUCCAAGUAUUGCGCUCAGCUGAUCAGCAAUUUAAUAAAUGUGUUUUGAGGGUUGUGGUGACCCGAGACAGACAACAAGUGAUACAGUACAUUCCUCCUAGUGAGAGCAGCUGCCUGGGUCAGGCCGAGCUGUUGGUGAUAGAUGAAGCAGCUGCUAUCCCUCUGCCUUUGGUCCGCCAGCUUUUGGGUCCAUACCUGGUGUUCUUGUCCUCCACUGUGUCUGGAUAUGAAGGCACUGGAAGGUCUCUUUCCCUCAAACUGAUAGACCAGCUUAGAAAUCAAACAAGGGAAAAAAAUGCAGAGACCAACAGCACAGACAAAACAACAAAAACCACAGAAUUAGGACGAGUCCUGCAUGAGGUCACUUUGGAAGAGUCCAUCAGGUACAAGAGUGGUGAUCCAGUAGAAGCCUGGCUACACCAACUGCUGUGUCUUGAGGCAUCACUCACUCCCCUGCCCUCACUUGUACCUCCUCCUGACAAGUGCCAACUCUUUUAUGUCAACCGUGACACACUUUUUGGAUACCACAAGGCAUCAGAGAAGUUCUUGGCACAGGUGAUGGGUUUGCUGGUGUCCUCCCACUACCGCAAUACCCCUGAUGACAUGCAGACUCUUUCUGACGCCCCAGCCCACCAUCUAUUUGUUUUGCUGCCAACUCAGGACCAGAUGAAGGAGGACAUGCUGCCUCCAGUUCUUGGGGUCCUGCAGGUGGCUCUUGAGGGAAAAAUCUCCAAGUCCUCAGUAAUGUCAGCACUGACUCAGGGAGAGAAGCCAGCAGGAGACCUCAUUCCCUGGACAGUCAGUAACCAGUUUCAGAAUUAUGAUUUCCCACAGCUGUCAGGUGCUCGUAUUGUUCGUAUUGCGACCCAUCCCAACCUGCAAGGGAAAGGUUAUGGUAGCCAUGCCAUGAAGCUGUUAAGUGAGUACUACAGUGAAGCAAGCAUUCAUGCUGACUACACAGACACUGCAAUCCCUGAGGAGCAGAUGGCCCACCUGGUGCAGGACAGUCAGGUGAGCCUCCUGGAGGAGAAGCUGGGUCCCAACACCCAGUCUCUACCGCUGCUUCAGCCUCUGUCUGAGCGGCCCCCAGAAGCCCUCCAUUACCUUGGGGUGUCAUACGGAGUCACCAGUCAGCUCCUCAGUUUCUGGAAGCGUGCUGGGUUCACCUCUGUAUACCUCAGCCAAGUUUCCAAUAGCACAACAGGGGAGCACACAAUGAUCAUGCUGAAGGUCCUUGGGGAAGAUAAGGAAGCUCGCACACAGUCAUGGUUGGCAGAUCUUUGGUUUGACUUUAGAAAGAGAGUUGUGAAUCUCUUGCCUGCAGCCUUUAAGGGUUAUGACUGCAAGUUUGCCCUCAACCUCUUAACCAACAACAUCUACAAGAAAACAGGUGAAGCCCUCAGCCUGGUGGAACUUAAGCUUCAUUGCACUCCUGGUGACCUGCAGCGGCUGGAGGAGUUUGUGCACCACCAGUGUGAGGCGGCCUUCAUUGUGGAUAUUCUGCCUACUCUCUCCCGUCUCUAUUUCCUCAGGAAGAUUAGAGACUUCAAACUAAAGCCUGUGAAAGCUGCGAUCCUAUGUGGAGUGGGUGUGCAGCGCAAGACACCACACACUGUUGCAACUGAACUUGGCAUUGCACACAAUAUAGUAAUGGGCCAGAUGCAUUCACUCAUUAUGGACCUUACUAAGCAAAUGAGGAAAGUGUGGGAAGAAGCAUCAAGAGGUCAAGUGCCAGAUGAUGAGGGUGAAGAAGGCAUCCUGCAGGACUUGGCCCUUACCAUGCAGGAGAGUGUGCAGAAAAUGAAGGCUAAAGAGGAGGAUGACAGACAGAAGGUGAAAGAACUCAUUGAUGUCACCCAGUUUGGGAUCAAGGCCAGGGAACAAGAAAGGAAAGAACACACUGUCAGGUUGAAUGAUGAGAAAGGACAAGAUACAGAAAUUGGGAAGAUCAUCAAUCCACCCAUUUCCACGGAGAGUCUUCUAGGGAAGGUGCUUCCUCUCUAAGAUAUUCUCAGACUUUCUCCUCUGUUUCUUUGUGUGAGAUGGUGCUCAUUAAUGUGUUGGUACUCAUGCAAAUCACACAAACUUUGAAAACUAGAAAAUUUAUGAAAUAUAUAUAUAUAUUGAAGUGAUGGAAAAUAUUCUGUGAUGCAUAUUUUAUAAACAGUGCAUGAUAUGGUGAUACACACAACACUUAACAAAAAAUACCAUGUGAGUCCUUCUGUUAGCAGCCAUGGGGACAUUUUCAAAUGAAGCCCACGAACCUCCAGUUUCACCUCAGCCACAUCAGUAUAAAGCAGUAUAUUCACUUUAGCUAGAGUUGGCUAUGAACAUAAGCAGCAGCUGCAGUACACUGCUCCUUAGCUAUAAGAUUGGGUUAUAUUCUUAUAAACACAAUAGUAUAGCCAUUAUGACAGGGUCGGUGUGAGAGGCAUUCCUGCCAGCCACCACCAGCCUGUAAUUUUCUGGCCAUCAUUUUACAACAGCCAAAGAAAUAAACAAAUAUACAAUUCAAAUUUAUAUUCUAAAAAUAAAAUAGAAACCCAUUAAAUAAUGGAAGGACAAAAACAUACAUAGAAAACCCUACAAUUAACAGCUGAGCUAAAGGAUAAUGAUGGCAUUACCAUAAAUCAAUCCUACCACUAUCUCCUUCCCCAUCUGGGGAUAGGGAUCCCCAUCUGCUAGCUACCAUAACUCUGCUCGCAUCCCUUCCCUUCUUUGGUGAUACCUUAGAGUUAGAUUGAUACCCCUGCAAACACAUACAUAUGAAAAACUUCAUAAAUGAAGCAUUUUAUACACAUCAAUGUUAUAAGGUACAUUGUGUAAUGUAUAAUAAUAUAUAUAGUGAUUGAUGUAACAACAAAUACCUUAAUAUAAUCAUGUACACAAUAUAGAUAAUUUAGUUGGUAUUACCAGUGGGGCUGGGCAGGAUCCGACAGAAUAAGUACUCGUGAAUCCGAUUACUUAAUCAGGCAGAUUUGUGUCCGGACCCGAUUACUGGCGAGUCCUGUGUGCUGCACAAUACUUGUCUAGGGAGCAAGACAAAUAUUGGAUCCAUAAAGGAUCCAAUUACUGGUAGGUUGCACGCGCUGUGCAGUACUCGUCUAGAUCCAUAAGGGACCUGAUUAUCAGUGGGGCCUGCACACUACAUGAUGCUCGUCUGGAUCUAUGAGGGACCUGAUUACUGGCGGGUCCCUUGCCCUGCGUGAUAUCUGUCUGGAUCCAUUAGGGACCAGAUUACUGGAAGACGAUUACUAGACCUGUGAGACAGCCAAACGAUUACUGGAAUUCUCCUUGGCUGUCAGAAUUUCAGGCAUUGGUGGUCUGACAAAUCCAGCAAAAUACUAUUAAUGUCCUGUGCCUUGGACUUCUGCCUAUUAAUUUUCUGUCAUUGUAUUAACUGCUUCUUCUUUUACCUUAUGUAAGAUUCAUAAUGCACAAACUCAAGUAUUUAUAUAUUUGAUAAAUCAUAAUAAACAGCUCUGAAAGUUUGUACAUGAUCACAUUAAUGUUAUAUGUUUCUUUUACAUUUUUUGUCAUGAACAGUCAAGUUAUUAUGAAAUUAUAGAAAAGAAAGUUAAAAUUCUUUAUAGGGAAUUACAGUUUAAAUUUUUUAAUCUUAGGUGUUAUGUUUAUGAAACUACAUUUGACUCAUGAGAAAAAUUUGCCUUCAGUUUGAUAAAGGAAAGAUUAAAGUUGGAGUGGGAAUUUUAUUCAUAUGUAUAUUAAUUAAAAAAAUAUUAGCCUAGCUCUAUGGAGUGAAUUGUUAAGAAUCCCUCUCUCUAGCAGCUUAGACUUGACUGAAGCCUCAUGGCCAGCAUAACCUCUAGCCAGUUAUAAUUUUCUUUUGCUUUGAUGUCACAACGUGCCAGGCAACCACAUCUCGUUGAAAGUAAGAAAAGCUUGGCAGCAUUAAAACUUUGUCUAGUGUUGCCAGUAAAAGUACUCUAUUUGAUGGCUUAUAAGACAUGCCUUUUUUCAAAAAAAAAAAAAAAAAAAUCAGAAAA